AUGGCUGCCGGGCUGCCUGGCCCUGGGCCUGUCCUGCCUGACGCUGACCUCGAGCUCGGCCCCGCAAGCAACGUGGCCGGCCCAGUCCUCUCUGAUCCCACCACAGAGCCCCCCAUGGUCCCCAUGACGAUGUCUACUCCCCUGGCCGCGGCGGGCAAAGCAGGGCAAGGCAGGGAUUCCGAGAGGCCCCCGGAGAUGGCCAAACCGGCCUUGACGACUGACCUGCUGACCACAGCUAUGAGGCCUCGAGCUGAGCUAGGCCGGGGUGCCCCCCAAACCAGCCCUCCGCUCUCUGAGCACAUGCGCCCAUCUUUCACCCCUGUGCUGUCCUUUCCCCAGACUGGCCUUCCCAACUCAGACUCAGCCGCUCUAUCUACGGCGUCUGGUGACAGCAGCCGCCCCUCCCCUGCCGCCUCCACAGGGAAGCCCAAAGUGGUCACCCCCAGCGUGGUGUCUGAGGAAAACGAAGAGAUGGCAGCAACCACCAUCACCACCACCACAGUCAUCACAGGGGUGCCGGCAGCGGUUGCAGGUCCCUGCAGCUGGAACCUGACUGGCCCUGAAGGUUCGCUGGCCUCCCCGCUGCCUUCUGGUUUGCCCUACGAGGGAAACACCCUUGAAUGCAUCUACACCAUCUCCGUGUACCCUGGUUAUGGCGUGGAGAUCCGGGUCCAGAAUAUCAGCCUUGUGGAAGGCGAGACGGUCACCGUGGAGACCCUCGGAGGGGUGGAGCCUGUUGCCUUGGCCAAUGAAUCGUUCCUGAUGCGUGGUCAGGUCAUCCGCGGCCCAAACAACCAGGUGGUGGUUCGCUUCCAGAGCCCAGCACCUGCCAACCCCGGCACCUUCCAUUUUCAUUUUCAAGCCUACUUGCUGAGCUGUGCCUUCCCAACGCGUCCCGCCUAUGGAGACGUCUCUGUCACCAGUCUGCAUUCCGGGGGCAGCGCCCGCUUCUCUUGCGCCACUGGUUACCAGCUCAUGGGUCAGGCCCACCUCACCUGUCUCAAUGCCACACGCCCCUUUUGGAGCAGCCGGGAACCAACGUGUGUCGCGGCUUGCGGUGGAGUGAUCCGGAACGCCACGGUUGGACGCAUCGUCUCUCCGGGCUUCCCUGCCAGCUACAGCAACAACCUGACCUGCCAUUGGUUGCUGGAGGCACCGCCAGGACAACGGCUGCACCUCCAUUUCGAGAAGGUCUCGUUGGCUGAAGACGAUGACCGGCUCAUCAUUCGGAAUGGAAAUGACAUUGAAGCACCCCCCGUGUAUGAUUCCUAUGAGGUGGAGUACCUGCCGAUCGAGGGGCUGGUCAGCACGGCGCGUGGCUUCUUCAUCGAGCUGACCACAGACAGCAGUGGCGUGGCCACAGGCAUGGCGCUGCGAUAUGAAGCCUUCGAACCAGGGCACUGCUACGAGCCGUUUGUCAAGUACGGGAACUUCACCACCAGCGAUGCCACCUACAGUCUGGGCACCACGGUGGAGUUUGCCUGUGAGGCCGGCUACACCCUGGAGCAAGGGUCUGUCAUCAUCGAGUGUGUUGACCCCACCAACCCCCAGUGGAAUGAGACGGAGCCGGCCUGCCGAGCCGUGUGCAGUGGGGAGAUCACGGAUGCAGCCGGUGUGGUGCUUUCUCCUAAUUGGCCAGAGCCCUAUGGGAAGGGUCAGGACUGCAUCUGGGGCUUGCAUGUGGAAGAGGACAAGCGCAUCAUGCUGGAUAUCCAAGUGUUGCGGCUGGGCAAAGGGGAUGCGCUGACCUUCUACGAUGGAGAUGACCUGACGGCACGCAUCCUGGGCCAGUACUCCGGCCUCAACCGGCGCUUCAAGCUGUUCACCUCAACGGCUGAUAUCACCAUCCAGUUUCAGUCUGACCCUGGAAGCAGCGGCCUAGGCUACCAGCAGGGAUUCAUCAUCCACUUUACAGAGGUGCCCCGCAAUGACACUUGCCCUGAGCUGCCAGAGAUCCCCAAUGGUUGGAAGACCGUGUCUCACCCAGAGCUGAUCCACGGCACUGUGGUCACCUACCACUGCUACCCUGGCUAUGAAUUGGUGGGCACCGAGCUCCUGAUGUGCCACUGGGACUUGACCUGGAGUGGGGACCUGCCCUCUUGCCAGAGAGUGACCACGUGCCGGGACCCUGGAGAUGUGGAUCACAGCCGCCGCAUGGUCUCCACUAACAAGUUCCCUGUUGGCUCCACCGUCCAGUUCAUCUGUGACAAGGGCUAUGCGCUGAGCGGGAGUGGACUGAUCUCCUGCCACGACCGACAAGCCGGAGACCCCAAGUGGAGCGAUCGUCUUCCCAAAUGCAUCCCGGAGGUGUACGAGCCCUGCCACAACCCCGGCAUCCCUGACCAUGGAGCUCAGAAUCCAGAGAAGAGAGUCUACCAGGCAGGGGCACUGCUGCGAUUCUCCUGCACUGCAGGCUACACGCUGCUGGGUGAUGCCACUCUGCGCUGUGUGCCGGGUCACCCUUCCCAGUGGAAUGGCACCCCACCAUUCUGCAAGAGAGCCUCCUCGGAGGAGUUCUACGCCAAUCGCAACCUUGACGCUGUGGCCAAAAUGGCACCUGCGGAAGACCUCCUGCAAGGCUCUAAUGUGGCCUUUGCCAUCUUCCUGCCCGUGGCUGCUGUGGGGCUUCUCCUGGGCACCCUGUACCUCUACAUCUCCAGGCACCAAGGAAAGCCGUCGCUGCAGCUUCCGUCCCUCUCGGGCUCCCACCCCUACGAUCACAUCACGGUCGAUUCGGCCUUUGACAACCCCACCUACGAAACCGGAGAGAUGCGGGAGUAUGAAGUCUCCAUCUAG